UGGUCCUCUGCCCCUCUGCUGACAAUUUGCAUUUAACUCUUUACCUUCCCUCCCCCAAAUGGAUUUUACAAAUUACCUCCAUUUAAUAUUUUAAGGUGAGAGGUUAGAGGGGCAGGAGGUGAGAGGAAAGAGUGUGGGUGGAAUACAUGUGAAAGCCACCUAAGCCUUUCCAGCUUCCUUCAAAGAAGUGCAAAAGCUGGGAAGGAAAAGCCAUCAUCCCGGUGGCCUUCUGGGACUUGGAAGAUGCCUUCCGUAAUGGAAAAGUCAGGGAUCCUGUCCAGAAGCAGGUCCAAGUCCACCAGCAAUGGGACCCAUCAGACCUCAGAAGAUGACAGCAGUGAAGAGGAACACUCCCAUGACAGCAUGAUCCGUGUGGGAGCGGAUUAUCAAGCUGUGAUCCCAGAGUGCAAACCAGAGAGCCCGGCUCGCUACAGCAACAAGGAGCUGAAAGGGAUGCUCGUAUGGUCACCAAAUCACUGUGUCUCUGAUGCCAAACUGGACAAAUACAUUGCUAUGGCCAAGGAGAAGCACGGCUAUAACAUAGAGCAGGCUCUAGGGAUGCUGCUAUGGCACAAACACGACGUGGAGAAGUCCCUGGCUGACUUGGCCAACUUCACCCCGUUCCCUGACGAAUGGACGGUGGAGGACAAGGUCCUGUUUGAGCAAGCCUUUAGCUUCCAUGGCAAGAGCUUUGCUCGGAUCCAGCAGAUGCUCCCCGAUAAACUGAUCCCAAGCUUGGUGAAGUAUUACUACUCCUGGAAGAAAACCCGGAGCAGGACAAGCGUGAUGGAUAGGCAAGCCCGCAAGCUGCUUACCAAGAAAGAAAAGGACGACAGUAAUGAUGAACUGGAGGAAGGACGGCAGACUAGUGAAGGGGAAUUUGAUGCCAUGGAUCCCAAGAAGGAGCCUACUUACCAGAAGCCACUGACCAGCAAACCGGGACCCGUGAAGAAGGAAGUACAAUUGUCACAGUAUCGACACCACCCACUGCGUGCCCGCCGGCGACCCCCCAAAGGCAUGUACCUAAGCCAAGAAGACAUUGCUGGGCUAUCCGCCAGCCCCGACAUGGCUGCCCUCACCUUGCGUCACUUGGACUCUCAGCUGGUUUCCCUUAAGCGCCAGGUACAGAGCAUCAAGCAGAUCAACAGCAGCAUGAAACAGGUGCUAGAAGGUGGGAUAGACAAACUGAGGCCACCUGAGACCAACAUAAAGUUUAACUCACGCUGGACCACAGAUGAGCAGCUGCUAGCUGUGCAAGCCAUCCGAAAGUACGGGAAAGACUUCCAGGCCAUUGCGGAGGUGAUCAGCAACAAAACCGUGGCCCAGGUGAAGACUUUCUUUGUCAGCUACCGGCGUCGUUUCAACCUGGAAGAGGUGCUGCAGGAAUGGGAGGCUGAGCAGGAGGGAGGGAGCCAACCCCGCUACAGGGGGGGCUCCCCUCCCCAGGACCACAAGAGCCCCAAUGCUUCUUCGCCAGUGAGCAGCGAGGAAGAAGAUGAGGUGCAGAUCACCUCAGUCUCCUGUUCCUCCCAGCAACAGCAGCCCCCACCACCCCCACCGCCCCCUCCGCUGCCCCUCCCAGCAUCCCCUCGGCCCCCCGCGGCUGCACUCUCCCAGCCCCCUCCCCUGCUGAGGCCUACCCUCCCAACGGCCCCCACGCUGCACCGCCAGCCCCCACCCCUGCAGCAAGGGCGCUUCCUGCUCCAGCCCAGACUGUCGCUCAACCAGCCGCCACCCCCCCUCAUUCGGCCAGCCACCUCACGACAGGCGACACGCGGAGGCCAGCAGCCCCCAUCGCUCCUGGGUGGGUCGGCAGAAGCACCACCACCACCACCACCACCACCUCCUCCGCCAUCCACCAGCUCCCUCUGAGAAAGGGUCCCAAGUCUGCUCC